AUGAAAACAGAACCUUUAAAAAUCUUUAUUAAUGUCACACAGUUGUCGAGUGAAGUUUCUAAUUUAUUUGUCAUGUCCAACUACGAUUGUUUUAUUUAUCGAUCUAUGUCAACUGUAUUUAUUAUCAGUUCAAUUAUAUUUUUUAUUUUAAAUAUUCGUUUUUUACUUAUUGAUCGUCAUCGAUUAAAUCCAUUAGCAUUAAAUUUAAUCAUAAAUGCACUAAUAUCCAUUUCAUUUACUCUACCUUAUAUAACUAUCCAAGCAAUCAAUUGUCAUCCGAUUCAAGAAUAUAUUGUCUGUCGUCUGCAAGCUUUUAUUUGCUUUACAUGUGGUAUUUGCGUCAUGUAUACAAUAUCUUUAUUAGCAGUAGUGCAAUACAUAAGAUUAUUCUACAAUUCAAGCAUAUUACACCAAAUAUUUGAACAUAAAAAUAAUUUUCUUAUUCCAAUUCUAUGCUGGUUGAUAUCAUUAGUAUGGUCAUUUCCACCAUUUAUCAACAUAAAACCAGGCUUCAAGCGCCAAGGUAAAGGAUUUGAUUGUGGUAUUAAUUGGAAAGCAGAUGAUCUUCGCAGUGGUCUAUAUAUCUCACUGGUUUUUUUAUUUAUCUAUUUUCUACCGUUGUUUUGCUUAAUAUAUACAAAUGUUCGAAUAUUAAAAACAAUACGCAAAUUAAUCUAUCUACGAAAUUCAUUAAUACCACAAGCAACCGUAGGCAUACCUAGAGACUCGCGUCAUCAUUUUAUUGAUGUACUUACUGUGGCUGAAAGUAAUCGCCUCAAACGUCUGCGUAUCGAUCGGAGAUUUGCUCAAGCUAUCAUGAUUGCUGUCAUACAUUAUUUAUUAGCUUGGACACCAUACGCAACGUGUGCAAUUAUACAAAUAGUUACAGCUAUGAAUUAUAUUCAAUAUCAACUGCCACUAAUGUUAAUAACCGCUUCAGCACUAUUAGCAAAACUGGCCGUAAUGGGACAAUCAUGCGUUUAUUUUUAUACUGUGAGAUCAUUGAAUCGAUGA